UUCAUGCCGUGUGCAGUACAAUAUCAUGGCAUUGCGUGUUUUGGGCCUAAAUUUAAUAAAAAAUAACAUAAAUCUACUGCAAAAUGCUUGCAGAAUCAAUGCCACGUCUACUACCCAGGCGCCUUAUUGUAACCAAGUGACGGUUCAUGCUGCGCCGGCAGCAGUGCAAAAACAAAAAGUAAGCAAGGCGAUGAAGGCAUAUUUGGAACGUGCACGGGAAAAUGACGAGUUCAUGAAGACACAGGAUCUGGAUUUUCAAAUUGGAAAACGCCAUUUAGCAAAUAUGAUGGGUGCUGAUCCGGAGACCUUCACCCAGCAAGACAUCGAUGAUGCCAUCUCGUACUUGUUUCCAUCUGGUUUGUUUGACAAACGUGCACGUCCCGCCAUGAAAAGUCCGGAUGAGGUUUUUCCAGCGCGCAAAGCAGCCGAAUUCGAUGAGACUGGUCGACCUUUUCACUCCAUGUUCUACACAGGGAAGCCGAACUUCUUUCAGCUCUUGCACGACAUUGUCGAAGAGACCAAUAAGCUUUACGAUUUAGAAGAACGUAUGCUACGACGCGGAAAUAAACCGGAUGAAAAUCAAAAGAUUGAAAUGGCCGGUUUUCAAAUGCUGCCCAAAGAUCAACUGGAAGUUAAAUUAGUGGAGACAAUAGCCGAUAUUGAGUAUUCGAACUUUGUAUCUAGCAUGGAGCGUUUAAUUGCAUCACCCUUUUCAUAUAAGAGUAAAAACUUUAUUGAGCGCUACUUAAAGCCCCUGAUCGAUCAAUCCAAGCAGCUCGAAGUUCCCAAACCAAAGAUCGAUGAACAGGGACGCCAAUAUAUUACCACAUAUGAGUGCUUGCGUAAAACGGCAAGAGCUGACGUUACCGUACGUAUGCCGGGAACUGGAAAAAUAAACAUCAAUGGCAAAGAUAUAUCAUACUUCGAUGUGGAACAGUGCAGAGAGCAGCUGCUAUUCCCACUCCAAUUUAGCGGAUUGCUGGGCAAAGUCGAUGUCGAGGCCAAUGUGGCGGGCGGGGGUUCAUCCGGUCAGUCGGGCGCCAUACGUUGGGGUAUUGCAAUGAGUUUGCGCAGUUUUGUUGAUCAAGAGAUGAUUGAGUCAAUGCGUUUAGCCGGUUUACUGACACGUGACUACCGUCGACGCGAGCGCAAGAAGUUCGGACAGGAAGGCGCACGCCGCAAAUACACGUGGAAGAAACGCUAGGCGGCACGUCUGUGAAUUACAACGAACCUUGCGUUAUGUGCAUUUUGCAAAUGUUGAAUUAUAACAAAAAGAUAUAGCAAAUAAACUAUAAGUACAAUUUAA